AUGUCUAACCAAAUUGACGAGUCGACGCAGCAUGCUGCUAGUAACUCGCCGGACACUACAGCACCUGCCAAGCCUUCACUCAGGGUCCUAGAACCAGGUUUAUCAAGUCGGGAAGAAGACUUGGACAAUGGCCCUCUGCUAUUGGCCUUGGGCGAUAGCCUUGAAGAUCCCGUUAUUCCCUAUACAGGGCUGGAUCUGGCUUCUCAACACCCUAGCCAUCGUCGACUAGAAAGAAUUGAACUGCCUUUCAUGCCUCCGAGGCGAUUGGAGGAUAGGGGCCCUGAGAGUUUGCCGUCAGUUUCACAAUCAGGAGCAUCGCUCUCUGUGCCCCUUGAAGAUUCAGUCGUCGGGGAGAGAGAUGCCUGUUUAUUCUCCUCUUCUUACGAGUUUUCGUGGGACCAGGAUUCUGGCCUUUGCUUCGGUGGAGAGCCAUUUGGAGUUGCAAGAACACCAGAUGAUGGGUUCUCCAAAGUCGAUCCAGGAUCCGAACGUGUCUUUUCAGAACCAGAAGAGUCUAUAACAAGGUUGAUAGGUCAGGAUGUUCAGGAUAGCAUACUCGCCUCUCUCAAUAUGGCUGGUAUAGGUAGUUCUGUCGAGAACCGAAAUCCUACAAUAUUGCAUGGAGACCUUGAGCUAGUGUCUACGAAGAGUUCCAUUUCAAGCAGCACCGCCAGCUCUUUGGGAACAACAGACAUCGAUGCCAUCGCAGAACCUUCUGAUCCAAAGGUAGCGAUCGCUAUGCACAAGUAUGCAGAGAGGGCAGUGGAACUGCUCAUGGACGACUUUUACAGGUCAAAUGCGUCACAGACAUCAAAAGGACGGCCUAGGAGAGCAUUGGGGAAGGUCACCAAAUCUGUCUUGGAUAAUGAUGAAGGCAAAAGAAGGGCAAGCAACGGAAAAUCCAGGGCCGAACCGAAGUCCGGCGAACGGAAAGCAGUGGGUGGCGAUGAGGAAAGUGAAGAUGAGGAUUCUCAGGACAAGAAGAGAAAGCCAUCGGUCAAUAAUGAGGGCAAGAAGAGCCAACGUUGGGCUUGUCCAUACGUCAAAUGGAGACCGAUGACCUACGAGUGCAAGAUCCGCCCCACACAACUCAGGGGUAUAAACGCCCAUAUCAAAAACAUUCAUUGGAUUGAACACUGCGACAGGUGUUGGUCCACCUACUCGACAAAUAAGGAGAAAAUGGCCCAUCAAGAUUACAGUCCAAAUUGUUCCCCCUCUGACCCUUCGCCUGGCUUUAUAACGAAAGAAAUGUACUCCAAGAUAUUUGAGAAUAAACCCAAUGGUCUGUCUCACAAGGAUCAAUGGUUCAGGCUCUAUGAAAUUCUCUUUCCAGGAGAACCUCGAGGCUUCAGCCCUUACGUUGAUGAGGCAAUGGAUGGUUUUAUGGACCUAGUGGAAGUUCUCUUUCGCGGUCCGCGAUCUCGGAAGAUCCUCGAUGAAGUGAUCUCAGAAUCACAAUUCGAGGGACUUGAGCGCGAACAACUCAUUAAAAUAGUGCGGGACGAGUAUCUCACACGAAUGUGCCAAGAUAACGAUCUCAAAGAUGAUUUUCUUUGCACGCCGGCUUGGCGCAGAACGCACGUUAUCGGGAAUGCCCAAUGCAGCCCGGUCGACGCUGCUGGCACGGGCAAAGAAAUUACAAAAUGCGAGCGUCUGUAUAACGCAUCCCCGCCGUCUCCUGAAGAAACACACGUCUCUCACCAAUUGUCUGGACCGAAGCCUACGGGAUUCCCUGUGUUUGACCAAUAUAUUUCUGCAGGCUGUCCAACUCUUGGAGAUGACAAUUCCAGUGCUUACGCUAGGCUGGCUGAGUUUCAGGGUCCUGUAGGUAGCGUUGGACUGCGGGAUUCAGAAGGUUAUCCACAGGAGAACUUUGACAGUCUUUCUCCUGGGUAUUUCGAGAACGCUUGGUGUAGUAACUCCCAAACGGAUGGAGACUACAAGGAAACUAUUCCAGAUGCACUGAGCUGGGGCAGGAAGGAGGUGCUGUUCGAUCAAGCAUGA